GGACGGGGCCUGAGAGGUUACUUUGUCCAAGUCCCAUCUCUCUUGCCCACAUCUGCCCCCAGGCGAGAGGGCUCAGUUGGCCUCCUGGGCAGGGCUAGGACACUUUCCAGCUGGGAAGACUCGGUGGGCUGAGAGUUCCGGCAGAGGUCCGGCCCAAGCGAAAUGCAGGGGCCUGGGCCUCCCCGGCUGGCCGGGCGCUGAGCAUGGGGGGGCUGCCUUCGCCACCACCGCCGCUGGACGCCGGACACCAGACCGGGCUGGGGACCAGCUGCAACUAUGAUCCUCCCCAAGAGGUUCCCUUGGGAACGGGACAAUGGAGCCACGACCACCCCCUCCCCCAACACAAUGGGCCAUCGUCCGUGGGGCCAGGCCCGGAGGGUGGGGAGCGGAGAGCCCCUGGGCCCCCCCCCAAGAGAUGGGAGGCCUCGGAGACUUGGCCCCCUGUCCCGUUCCCUGCUCCUCUGCCAUGCUGGGACCGAAGAAGACAGCUCCAGCUCAGAGGACAAGUCGGCCGGCCCCCUCAGGACCCAGGAGGGGGCUCUGUCCGGACCCUGGACCCCAGCUCUGGACGCGAACCCUGGAGACUCCCGGGACCCCCCGGCUCUCCUCUACGACAAGGCCACUGAGCAGCCCGGCAGGAAUCCCAAGAGGAAGCUCUUCGUCAAGGAGAAUAGUCUCUGGAGGUCGUGCAUCGCCACUGAGACCAGACGUCUGGAAUUCCAGGGUUCCAGGACCAGCAGCUGGGCCUCCCUGUGGAGGGAUUUGAAUGGAAGUCACGGGAUCCAAGGAGGAAUGGCUCCCAGGGACAGAGGUGAACCGUUGACCCUCAGUGACCUCUCACUUAACCGACUGUCCAGCCAAGAGACGGGUGUUCUCGUACAGCCUGCCAUGGGAUUGGUCAACUGGGUGAUUGAUGAUGAGGAAACCACCGCAGCUGCUUCUCUGGAAAAGCCCAAGGAUCUGGAAUCAACUGGGAAUUGUCUUCCGCCACCGAGAUCUGGCUGUCUAAGGCCCCAGACUGACUCUGACAGCUUCAACUCCUGCUGGAUCAGAGAGCAUGGUGACCCCGAGACACGGCCCCUGAGCCUUGGCUGUGGACGGCCGAGGAAGGCCUGGUCCCAGCAGCUUGACUGCUCAGGAGGAACUCAGGUUACCUCCGGACCCUCCGUCUCCCCAAGCCUGGCCCAGAUUCUGCCAUCUCGGAGCAGCUCCCAGGCCUCAGUCAUCAACGACAUCGUCCUGAUGAAAGGUCGAGCCAAGAGCUGGGGGUCCACCUUGGUGUCCCCCUCUCCUCAGGGCCUGGGCUUCAGCAUCGUGGGGGGCCAGGACAGCAUGUAUGGGCCCAUCGGCAUCUACGUAAAGACGGUGUUCCCCGGAGGGGCAGCAGCUGCUGAUGGCCGGCUCCAAGAAGGAGAUGAGGUCCUGGAGCUGAAUGGAGAGUCCAUGUUCGGGCUGACACAUCAGGAUGCCCUGCAGAAGUUCAAGCAAGCCAAGAAAGGCCUCCUGACACUCACCGUGCGCACCAGCCUUGGGACAUCCUUCGCUGCAGCCAAUCGCUCCUCCCCGCCUCUGUGUCACUCUCUCAGUUCCGGAACCAGUCUCCCCGAGGAAAGCAGCCCUUUCUGUCCAGAGAAUGGACCCUCUUUGGUCCCUCUAGCCAAGCCCAAUGACCGGAUCGUCGUGGAGGUGUCUCUCAACAAAGAGGCUGGAGUGGGCUUAGGGAUCGGUCUGUGCAGCGUUCCUCACCUCCAGGGAAUUUCUGGGAUCUUCAUUCACACCCUGUCCCCCGGCUCCGUGGCUCACAUGGAUGGGAGACUCAGGUGUGGGGACGAAAUCCUGGAGAUCAACGAGGCCUCGGUCCACAGCCUGAGUUUGAACCAGGUGCACAGCAUUCUCCGCCGCUGCCCACCCGGGGCCGUACCCGUGAUGGUCAGCAGACACCCCGACCCGCAGGUGUCGGAGCAGCAGCUGCAGGAGGCCGUGGCCCAGGCAGCAGGCAGUGGUGGCGGUGGCGGCGUUGGCAAGUGCGGCAACCACGGGAACCAGUUGGGCAGGGAAGGUGCCAGAAGGCUAGGAAGAAGCUGGCAUGGGAGAUUACCGUGGGAAAGGCAAAAUGAGGAGAUCACUUCUCCUUUCCACCCAAGACCCCUGAAGACCAUGACACGGUCCCGGAGUGAGGACAGCUACAGUCUCGGGGAGAUCUCUGGGGUUGGGGCCCCCCUCCGGCCCGUGGCUUUGAAGGAUGGUUCCCCCGGGGUCACGGACACCAGGACCCCGGCCCCUUCCCCUCCCACAACCGUCGGGCAGGAAGCCUGCCACCCACCCACGCCAAAAGCCAGGCGAGCGUUGGAGAUCCUGGUCCGGAAGCCCAGGUCCACUAAACCCAAACCACCGCCCAGGAAAUAUUUUAAAGUGGAUGCAACUGAUGCAGAGAGGCCGAGACCCCCCGAUGCGGAUGGGGAAACCCCCAGGGCUGAAGGAGGAAUGUCAUCCUCUUUCUCUGAGGGCCAGGAAGCAGGAAACCUGUCGCCACAGGGGAAUCAAGCAGCUAUAACCCGCAGCGUCGCCUCAGCUCCUUCACAAGCUGAAGCUACGGAGGACACGUCUGCCUCUCUCGGGGCCGGGGAAGAGGUCGAGGGCUUCAGUCCAGGCCCCCACCUCUCGCCGGCUGCCCGACCUCAACUCAGAAGGCAAGGCCGGGUGACCUCGGCGUCUGUGGCGGAAGACCCGUGGGUUAGAAUUUCCGACUGCAUCCGACAGCUGUUCAGCCCUGCAAUGAGUGGAGGGGCCUGCCCCCCAGAUGUCACCGCCACCCCCACCACAGGCCCAGGCCGGGGAAACCACAGCCCCCCCACCCCCCUGGAAGCCAGUGCUGUUGUCUCUGAGGCCUACAGUUCUGAAGAAAACAUCCACCGGAAGAGGGCCCCUCCGGUGGCACCGAAACCGGCCUGGUUCCGGCAAAGCCUCAAAGAUUUGAGGAGUGGGAAUCUGUCUCCGAAGCCCCGGUCCACCCCUGGUCAGCCCAGCCUGACCAGGGUGGGGGACUCUUCCAGACCCUCAUCCAUCAAGCAGAAGAUCCACUCGUUUGAGGCCUGCGGGGACUUAGGGAGCACCAAGCCCAGGCCAGGGGAUGGCGAGAGACCCCCCAGGACCCCGGAACCACCAACCAUCACAGGUGGCCCAUCUCCAGACGGGGAUGACGGGCAGCGGCAGCCACUGGGCCCAGACCCCCCGGGGGUCACUUGCCCCGAGGACCCGCAGGGGUCCGGUUCUGCCUCCCGGGCCUCCCCAACUGACCCCGGGGAACCUAGGGCCAGGAAGGUCUCGGGUCAGCGUUCCAGGAGCUUCCCCCUGACCGGACCCCGCUUGGGCGAGGUGCCCACCGCUUCCCCGGAGGGGGAAGAGGAAAAGCGGCAGUUUGGACACCUGCACUCUCUGAGCAGCCGGGUUUCCUCGGCCCUCAUGAGAUCCCUGCUGUGUCUGCCUCAGUCUCCAGGAUCCAGGAAUCCCGGUGAGGGAGGGGUCUCCUCUCCACCGUCCCUCGGACCACCCAGUGAAGCCUCCUCUCUGGACUCUGGCUUCUCUCUCAAUCUUUCGGAACUGAGGGACUACUCUGUGGGCCUGGAUGAGGGGGAGGCGACGGACCAAGGUGGGCGAGGCCACUGCUCCCCCGCGGCACCCUCAGGCGGACCCGGACAAUCUGUCAUCUCCUUGCUCGGCCCUGAGGAAGUCAAAAAGCUCAUAGAGGAAGUCAAGGGAUUAGACGAAGCCACACUGAAGCAACUGGACAACAUUCACGUGACCGUGCUACAUAAGGAGGAAGAGGCGGGGCUGGGGUUCAGCUUGGCAGGCGGUGUAGAUUUAGAGAACAAGGUUGUCACGGUGCACCGGGUUUUCCCCAACGGGCUGGCCUCGCAGGAGGGAACCAUUCAGAGGGGCGAUGAGGUCCUGUCUAUCAAUGGGAAAUCUCUGAAGGGCGUCACCCACAGCGACGCCCUGGGCAUCAUGCGCUGGGCCCGCAGGCCUCGCCAGGCCGUCAUCGUCACGAGGAAGGAGGGGGAGGCCCCCCGCCAGCAGACCGCCACCCCAGACUCUGCGCCUUCCGGGCCCGGAGCUGCCUCCGCCGAGCCGGGGGCCAGUACCACCACCACCACCUGUGUCAUCACGCUGGAGAAGACAUCUUCCGGUCUGGGGUUCAGCCUAGAAGGAGGGAAGGGCUCUCUCCACGGAGACAAGCCUCUCAUCAUCAACAGGAUCUUCCAGGGGUGUACCCCCGAACAGAGCAGAGGUCUCCAGCCGGGAGAUGAAAUCCUGCAGCUCAAUGCCACUCCUCUGCAGGGGCUCACGCGCUUCGAGGCCUGGAACAUCAUCAAGGCCUUGCCAGAGGGGCAGGUCUCCAUCCUCAUCCGGAGGCUGGGCCCUGGCUCUGGGGCUGAGGCCCCCCGCUGACUGGAUGAGCUCCCCCCCGACUCCUGCCCAGAACCACAGCUUCCCCGACCCCCCCAGCCAGGCCCGAUGGCCUGGGAAUAAA